UCACAACGACAGCUGGGAGAAAGGGAGCGACGGCUUAGAGGAGCACUCGUCCGCCGCCCGUCCGCCCGCACAGUGCGCACAUCACCGCUUCACUGCAGCCUUCCCAACACAAAGCCACCGAUUCCUCUGCGACUCGCGGCCCGCGCACGGCGCAUGCUCAGACUCCCCGACGGCGCAGUUGUUUUCAAACAGGAACAGGAGGCUCUAAAGAUGACCACUUCAUGGAGCGACAGACUGCAGAACUUUGCAGACUUGCCUGCCAACAUGGACGGCCUGACAAUGAAAAAAUACAGGAGAGAGCCCUACCACAGAGUGUUUGUCAACAGGAGUUUGGCAAUGGAGAAGAUUAAGUGCUUUGGCUUCGACAUGGAUUACACCUUAGCAGUGUACAAGUCCCCGGAGUACGAGUCCCUGGGCUUUGAGCUCACCGUGGAGCGGCUGGUUUCUAUCGGUUACCCUCAGGAGCUGCUCAGCUUCGUCUACGACCCGUCGUUCCCCACCAGGGGCCUUGUGUUUGACACCAUGUACGGAAACCUGUUGAAGGUCGACGCCUACGGGAACAUCUUGGUGUGUGUGCACGGAUUCAACUUCCUUCGAGGCCCUGAGAUCCGUGAACGCUAUCCGAACAAGUUCAUCCAGAGAGAUGACACCGAGCGCUUUUAUAUCCUUAACACACUCUUCAACCUGCCAGAGACCUACCUCUUCGCUUGCCUUGUGGAUUUCUUCUCAAACUGUGACAGAUACACAAGCUGCGAAACCGGCUUCAAAGACGGCGACCUCUUCAUGUCCUACAAGAGCAUGUUCCAGGACGUCCGCGACGCCGUCGACUGGGUCCACUUCAAGGGUACACUGAAGGAAAAGACGGUGGAGAACCUGGAGAAAUACGUAGUGAAAGACGGGAAGCUGCCUCUUCUCCUCAGCCGAAUGAAUGAAGUAGCCAAGGUCUUCCUGGCAACCAACAGUGACUACAAAUACACUGAUAAAAUCAUGACCUAUCUGUUUGACUUCCCUCAUGGCCCCAAGCCCGGAACCUCUCACAGGCCCUGGCAGUCCUACUUUGAUCUGAUCCUGGUGGACGCUAGGAAGCCGCUGUUCUUUGGUGAGGGUACAGUUCUCAGGCAGGUUGACACGACCACAGGACGUCUAAAGAUAGGAACCUACACAGGACCUCUGCAGCACGGCAUAGUGUACUCUGGCGGCUCCUCAGACAUCGUGUGCGACCUGCUGGGCGCUAAGGGGAAGGACAUCGUGUACAUCGGCGACCACAUAUUUGGAGACAUCCUGAAGUCCAAGAAGCGUCAGGGCUGGAGGACGUUCCUGGUUAUACCCGAGUUGGCCCAGGAGCUGCACGUGUGGACGGACAAGAGCUCGCUUUUCGAGGAACUGCAGGGCCUGGACAUUUUCUUGGCUGAACUCUACAAACAUCUGGACAGCAGCAGUAAUGAGAGGCCCGACAUCAGCACUAUUCAGAGAAGAGUCAAGAAAGUGACACACGACAUGGACAUGUGCUACGGCAUGAUGGGCAGCCUGUUCCGCAGCGGCUCCAGACAGACGCUGUUCGCCUCCCAGGUGAUGCGUUACGCCGACCUGUAUGCGGCCUCCUUCAUCAACCUGCUCUACUACCCCUUCAGCUACCUCUUCAGAGCUGCACACGUGCUGAUGCCCCAUGAGUCGACAGUGGAACACACUCACGUGGACAUCGACACCGAGUCGCCGUUGGCUACGCGCAACCGCACCCACUGCAGCGACUGCAAGGACCUGGAGUGCAAACGCAACCAGCUCACCCGCUCCUUCAGCGAGAUCAAGCCGCCCAACUUGUUCCCCCAGACUCCCCAGGAGAUCACUCACUGCCACGACGAGGAUGACGAUGAAGAGGAGGAAGAGGAGGAGGAGUAAUAUUCUGGACAUGAGAUGAAUCGUGUUCUCAUUCCUCUGCCUUCUUAUGUUUUCCAGAGUCAGGUAGUGAUCUGUCUCAAAGUGAGGCAGGGAGGAAGAACAUCUCCAGUGUCUGCGUGUGUACAGCAUAUAUAGUUACUCCACAAGGACUUCAGAGCCAUUCUCCUGAUUCAUUCAUCAUUUGAGUUUUUGAAUUCAUAAGUCAAAUACAUUUUUAGUUUUUCUGGGUUAAUGACUGUAGACACAAAAUGUGGGUUUGAUUCUUUCAGAACAUUGUGAAGUAUGUACUGUACAUACACACACAUUGGAGAUCUCUGUAGUGUAGUGGACCAUUAGUGAGACCAACCAUAUAACAAAUCUGUGUCCAUGCUUGGUUGGUAAAACCCAACUUUUCUUCUUUAUAAACACAUGGUAUUGAUUUAAUUUGAUUUCCUCAUUAGACAGUGAAAACACAGCUUGUGUACACCUCAGUCACAUUUUUUCAUAAUCUUUUAUAAACUGACCUUGAAGACGUGCUGGUCGAUUAUACUGUACCUAUGCUCCAUCAUAUGUGGUCGGUAACUGUAGUUUUAGCCAUAAGGAACUAGUCUUGCUGACUGCCUAAUCAAGGGGAGAAGAUGCCCAUCCGUUUACUUCGAUCUUGUCAGUUCUUGACAUUUUAGAGGAUGAACUUGCUCUAACUUGAGGCUGUGUUUCUCUUUUGUGCGUGCGUGCGUGAGUGUGUUAAUCAGUGACUGUAGCAUCAAUAACAGCAAGCUAAAAGUGCAUUAAACUGAAUGGAAGCACAGAUGUACUGAAGCACAAGCUGGAUGAUUAAUGAUCAAUAACCUGAUUGGUUUGGUCUGAUGCUGGAGAGAGUGAACUCGUAUUUUGUUACCAGGCAACAGUGACGACAGAGUACUGUAACCUUAGUGUAUGCUGAAAGUUUCCCUACUGUAAACACAGCAGCCAUCGGGUGAACAGCACUACGAGGUUUGCGUUGGCCGACUUUUAGUAGAGAGAAUGUACGACUUUAAACCGCAAACAAAGCUCGAGGGGUUUGAACCGAUGGUGUAGAGAGUGUAAUAGGUCUGUUAAGGUUGCGAUCGUGUGUGACCCUUUCGUACCCACUGACCCAGUACAGCUGCCAUCGUGCUGGAGGAGGAGGAAGCAUGUUGAAGGAAAGAGUCUUUUUUCUGUCGGAUGUCUGAACUAUGUGAAGUGACCAUUUUUUUAUAUUGAGGUGUGUUUAGUUUUAGGACUGGAGAGCAGAUGAGUUCCACGUUGAAGCACUUGACUUUGCAUUGGCCUUGAACCCAUCAACAGAAAACAGGCUUGUUCAGCAUGAAGUCACAGAAAAUAAAAACUAAAUGUUUAUUGAAUGAUAGAACUAAUAGGUAAUUUUUAUUACUAACGGGCUGGUAAAAUAAAGGGGAUAAUCCUGCCUAUAACAUAUGUUUAUAUAGAUAAAGCAGCUCCAGUGUCUCUGGAUGUUUGUGUAUUUGCAUGCAAUGCAUUUUGGUACCAGCUCUGCUCGUGCGACUAAACAACCCACCAUGAUGAUGGCCAAAGAUAAUGUGUGACCUCAUCUAUUUUCUGAUUGAGCCCCACUUGUUUGAAAGAAGUGAAAGAAAGCACAAAUAAGGAGUGUAAAACUCCUUUGACUUGUGUGGUAACUUUUACACACGUGCUUCGUGUGAGUAUUAGUGUCGAUGUUCAAAACAUCCAGAGCUGCCUGAAGUGCAAAUAUGAAGACUUUACUUUGGUUUUCUUUAGUUUAGCUUUUUUUUUCUAUCUAGGUCCGUUUGGACCGGGAAGGAACGAGCUGCCUGUCUAAUCUUUGGUUUGGUUUUGAAGUGGAGUGGAAGGAAGUGAACAUGUUGCAACUUUGUGUGACCAUUGUGCAGAUUCUUUGGAUAAAAACCUUGUAGACAAUGUUACAGUUUGCUUUUACAGAAGACGUAUUUGCAUUUGGUUGUUCUGAAUGUGCUGAGAGGCAGCCGCCCUGCUAACAAACAGUGCCUGUCGUUUGCAUAUUGUGCGUAUGCAUGUGAAGAUGAGCGUCUCUGCUCCUUUGACGUCUGUGACAACCACAACAUUUUUAGCAAAAGCGUCUUAGACGUUUCUCACCGUAGUUUACACGAAGAGAAAACUUUAACCUGUACAAAGGAAGAGCUUACAAUGAAGGGAAAUGUGUAUAGUACUGAUACUAAAACAUCAUUUAUGGGUUAUUUUUCUAAACUAGUGUUUUACAUGGUCUUGUUCUCCAGAACUGUAAAUAGACCGUUCGGUUCCUUUUACUCAUCAACUCUCCAUGUUUUACUCAUUUUUAUACAGUAACUGAGCUGCUUUGAGCCUGGAAGGCAGGUUACAGAACUUCAGAAGAUUUUUGACCCAUUUCAGGUCCAGAGCACGUCCACAUUCACCACAGGGGUCAAAAUCGACACCUUUUACGUUCAAUGUUAUUUUAUCUUUUAUCUUCUGUUUUGUGCGUGUCAGUUCAAAACUAUUUAGUUUCUUUUUCAAAAUUGACCAUAGAACGAAUGUUGGCAUAAAUUACCUGAAAGUGUACAAUAAAAUGUUUUUUUCAUAA